AUGGCCUUUGUUCCUUUUGCCUUGGGGCUUUUGGCGUUUUCCACUGCCGUUGCUGCAUUUCAACAACCGUUACCUUUUGCCCGACGCUCCGAUAACGCCCCAGCUGAGAGUCACAAAGCUGAAUAUGCUACUAUUCCUAUUGAUCACAACGAUUCUUCUAUUGGCACCUACCAGAAUCGUUACUGGGUGAACGAGGAGCACUAUACUUCGGGAGGCCCGGUGUUUGUUCUCGAUAGUGGAGAAUCCCCCGGCGAUAGUCUGGCAGAACAUAUACUGUUCAACUCGUCAACCUUUUUUGGUAAUGUCCUGGAGGAGUUCCACGGGAUGGGACUCGUAUGGGAACAUCGAUACUAUGGAGACUCUCUUCCGUUACCCAUUGAGAAAGACCCUGCGCCGGAGAAUAUGAAAUACCUUACCGUGAGCCAGGCACUGGCUGAUCUUCCCUAUUUCGCAAAGAGCUUUAGCCGGGACGGUUUCAACGACACCAACUUGACCCCAAAGGCAACACCGUGGAUUAUGAUUGGUGGAUCGUAUCCUGGCAUGCGCGCUGCAUUUACUCGGAAUGAAUACCCGGACACGAUUUUUGCUGCAUUUGCGGCUUCUGCACCGGUCGAGGCUCGUAAAAAUAUGUCUGUGUAUACCGAACAGAUCUACCGUGGAAUGGUAGCCAACGGACUGGAAGCCUGCACCAAGGAUGUGCAUGCUGCUAUGUCAUACAUCGAUGAGCAACUGUCCAACCAUGAGACCGCCGCAUCUAUCAAGCAAACAUUUCUUGGGCCCGGAGCCGAGAAAAACACCAAUGGGGAUUUCGCCUACACUUUAUAUUCUUUGUUUCUGUCUUUCCAAAGCCGUGGGAUUAUAGACCAUCCGGGAACUAUCAAGGAUUGGUGCACGUACUUGGAAACGGACCCGAACACGAACAAGACUGCAGGUCCAGAGGGCCUCGCACCAUCUCGCGGCGGUCAAUAUGUCGCUGAGCGACUGGCAUCAUGGCCUUAUUACGUCGAGAGCAUCAAUAAAAAUUUUGAGACCAAUUGCAAGGGCACCAACGAAGCAGAACCCAUUUCCUGUGAGCUGAGAAUGCUGGUGACAUUGCCCGACACGAUCAGCUGGUACUGGCAGUAUUGCACCGAGUUAGGAUACUAUCAAAUCAGCAAUGUCGGCCCUCAUCAGCUAGUGCCCAAAUCCUUAGACCUGGAAUAUGAACAGGACCUCUGCAACCGCAAUUUCCCGACCGCUAUUAAGAGCGGCCAAUUCCCGUCCAAGCCGCAGGUCGAUGCAGUGAACGCGGAGCAUGGUGGCUGGACGAUUCGUCCAUCCAAUGUGUUCUGGAGUGCAGGGGAGUUGGACCCAUGGCGGACUUUGAGUCCCUUCUCGACGGAGGACUUUGCACCCAAGGGUGUCAAGUAUACCACCGACAUCCCCAAGUGCGGCGUGCAAACCGCCCAGGACAUUCUGUUCGGAUAUCUUAUGGAGGGCAAGAUGCAUGUCGCCGAUGUUGUUGCUGGUGCAAAGGUCGACACCGCCACCCAGACUUCUUGGAACACUUUCAGGGCUGCCUUGCACGAGUGGCUUCCAUGCUUUGAAGGUCAGAACAACGGUGAUUCCGCUUGA